AUGCCCGUGCUGGAAGCCCUGUUUCACGACGCGGCACAGCCGGUUCACCUUCGAGCCAACGCGCUCGAGACCCUCUCCUUCCUGGCCCCCGUGCACAUUUACCACCACCGUAAGAACCAGGACGGUGACGAUGAGGAAGAGAAGGGCGGCGAUGACGAGGUGGCGGCUGCGGCCAAGGAGGCCGUGCAACGGACUGUGGAUCUGUUGGUCUCUUUCUUGCCAUCUCCCUCCGGGUUGAGCGAAGCCACACUGUGUAACCGGAGGGCCAACCGAUGA